AAAUUGAAUUCACACGUACACUUUAUUCGCUAUAUCAAAAACCCAUUCUACUUUAAUAUUGCUGAUAAAGGGAGUCAGUUUCCCAUCCCAAACGUAGCUUUUCGUUUAUUUAAUACUGCUAGGAUGUUUGUCUGUAGACAUCUUCGAAUUCUUUAUACAUUUAACGUUCUUCUUAUUAUCUGUUGCGUUGAGUCUGCUUUUAAACAAGACGUCACACCAAGUUGUCCGGAGUCCGCAGAGGAAUGCACGUUUAACUUCCGAGUGAAUUAUAUAAUGACCAUGGUGUCCUAUAACUGGACAAUAGACGAAGGGAACCCAGUCUUUCUCAGAAAUGGGACGUUCAUGAAGAAGACUUCAGAUGCCGAACAUGGAGUGGCCCAUUUUUGUGAAGAAUUGCCGGUUACCUCGGAAGAAAUGGAGGAAGUGGUUACAACUGAUGGGAACUACAGAUUCAUGUUUGCCAUUAACAAUCAGUUUCCAGGUCCAACAAUUUCUGUUUAUGAAAAUCAAAGAGUAAAAAUUCAUGUUUACAAUGAUCUUGCAAACGAGGGUGUUACUUUUCACUGGCAUGGAAUGUCCCAGAAUGGGUCGGUUUAUAUGGAUGGCGUCUCUAUGGUUACGCAAUGUCCGAUACUUCCCGGGCAGAUGUUUACCUAUUUGUAA